GUGGAUUAAAACAAUCCCUAAACUCCAAAUACUUAAAAGAUCACGCAUUUCCCCCAAUUCCUCGUUCGAUUUCGAACCCCAAAUGGAAGUCGAAGUGAAACUCCGUCUCCCAGACCCCGAAUCCCACCAGAGGCUCUCCGAUCUGCUCUCCCCGUUCCUCGCCGAGACUCUCAUCCAAGAAAACGUCUUCUUCGACACCCCAACCUCCGCCCUCGCCGCCGCCAACUCCGCCCUCCGCCUCCGCUUCUACAACCUCGACUCCCGUUCCGUCCUCUCCCUCAAAUCCAAGCCCAAGCUCUCCCGGGGCAUUAGCCAAGUCGAAGAACUGGAAGAACCCAUCGACCCAUCACUCGCCCGCUCCUUUGUAACCGAACCGAGCGGCCUGCUGGAGUUGAGAAACGAUUCCCUGAUAAUGCAAAGGGUGAGAGGUGACUUUGGGGUUAAUGAGUUGAUUUGCUUGGGAGGGUUUAAGAAUGUUAGAGGGGUUUACGAAUGGAAGGGGCUGAAAUUGGAGCUCGAUGAGUCUGUUUAUGAUUUUGGGGUUAGUUAUGAGAUUGAAUGCGAGAGUAAAGAGCCUGAACGUGAUAAGAAAUUGAUCGAAGAACUCUUGAAGGAAAAUGGGAUCGACUUUAAGUACUCUGAUAUCAACAAAUUUGCUGUGUUUUUGUCUGGAAAGUUGCCUACUGUGUAGAGACAAAAUUCUACAUCUUGUUGGAUGAUUUUGGUGUUUUUAAUCAUAAAUUUCGAGAAUUUCUGGAGU